AUGGACGACUCUGAGCAGCUAGGACGUACUCGUUCCGCGACAAACUUUCGCAUCUGGUCGGCUUCGGUAUCUUCCUCGUCUCACGCUCCGGUGCCCCGUCCGAAUAGGGCGGUCGCCAACGCAGAUCAAGUAGCCCUCCUCAAGAAAUAUGUCGCGCGCACCGGCAUGGACGGUACGAAGGAGCACUUGCUCGCGGAGAUCGCUCUAGAGACAGGACUGGACGCCAAAUGGGUGCGCCAAUGGGUCCUGAGACAGUUGCGCAAGGACAAAGGCAGGUCGAAGGGGAAAGGCAGGCGGUCCACCCCCUCGAGCAGCGGUCCGGCACGCGAAGUGCCCUCUGAGGCGUCCCGAAGCCCAUCUGAGGCACCGGAGGAUCCGUCGACCACGACUCCGCCGCAGAAGAUCUUUGCUGCUCCGGUUUCUGCACCUGCCAGAGCUACUACUGGACCGGGGCUGACUCUUGGUGUUCUGGAACCUGGUCCGAAGACUCGCCAGAACAGUGGCAACUCGAUGGCUAGCUCUACUAUGGCGACUGUCGGCACCACUUCUCCUGUGAUUGCCUACGAGCUUGAGGGGAUUCCCCUGAUGUAUCAAUACUACUCAGACGUUGCUCCUGCAUCCCUUCCGGUCUCUCAUGGGCUUUCGACUUCCAUUCCAGCACAUGAACCUGCCCCCGGCACCCUCACCGCCCCUUUUUCUUCAGAGACAAACUACCAGCACGCUACUACCGAUACCUCCACGCCCGUGUUGCAAGCCAACGCCGCGCAAUGGCACGCAUUCACCAACACCUAUCCCCAAACACUCCGUCAAGCUGAGCUUCUCGCGCAGGCGGCAUAUAGCGCACCCGCGCCCGGCCCUUCUGGCCUGAGCGCCCCACACUUGUCCCCGGCCACCCCCUCUCUGUCCUCUUCCAGAAAUGCCGAAGCCACGUUUCAACAAGCUGCACCCGGUGGUCUCAGUCCUGGCAGUGCCUACCUGUACCGAAUCUUUAAUGAGAACGUGGCGUCUCCUCUGAUCCUGGCUGUACCUUCCGAGGCGCACGCGUCCGACGUUGGGGAAUACAUGGAAGGGCUCACUAGACCGUACGCCGCGCCGGCUGGGCUGGAGGCUACUCUCUCUGUGGCGACCCUGCCUUCACCACUCGUGUCUAUGCUUGCGCCUGUCACCUUCCCUGCCUAUCCCGUAGCCUACCAGUUGCCCUAUUCUGCUCUAGUCGACAUGACGAAGGGCGUUCGCAUUCGGGGGACAGCCACUGAGGGGGACCCGGGACUGUCCGCUUGUACUCGGACCGACGUGCUGAACGCGGUCACGGUGAACUCAGCACAAGACAUCAGCGAGAUCUUAGGCCUGAACUUCACCUACGGUAGUGCGUCUGCAACAGCCGGCAACGUCCUGGAGAUCCUUCGCGCAACUCCGGUGGGUGCGAUCCAUGAGGAAGAGGAGGAGACGGAAGACGAAGAGGAAGUCGUCACGCCAGGUGAAGUGUCUGACUUCACGCCGUCGUUGUUGCAGCAUGAUAAGGGGAAGGAGAAGUCGACGGACGCGCGGGUCGCGAUCGUGGAAGCGCCGAGCGAAGUCGGAACGCCGUGA